AUGAUUGAAUUUAUCUUUCGAACAAAAUUGCCGAAAAGUAGCAAUAAUGAUUGUUGUUGUAGUAGUAGUAGUAGUAAUAGUAGCGGUGGUGGUGGUGGUAUGGAUAGAGUUAUAGCUACUGCUAAUGGUGAUGCUAUUGGUUGCUCAAUUCUUCGUAGAUCGAUUGCGGAUUUUUCACAAGCAGAUAGCUAUGAAAAUUUCGACAAAGAAGAAGGUAAGUGUAGUGAUUUUGUUGAAAACUGCAAAUGUUAUAAUGUUUCAUUCUUCUUCACUCUUACCAAAUCAUUUAGCUAUUUUAUUUAUUUUAAUUAA